AUGCGUGAUAGUGGAAAUGAACAAAUUAAAACUGAAGCUAUUAGUAUUUGUGAUAAAGUUGGAAUAAAAUCUGAAUUAAAAAUCGAAAGGACAAUAAAAAGGAAAGUUAUGAGUGGAGAAAAUUCAUCGGGUGAAGAUAUUUCUGCAGAUCAAUUUUUAACAUUGGAAUACUACAAAGUUCUUGAUAAUAUGAUGGCUCAAAUGAAAUGGAGGUUUGAACAAUUAUCAAAUAUUGCUGAUGAUUUUCAAUUCCUUUCUGCUCAUUCACUAUCUGUUACACCAGUUGAAAAAUUGAAAAAAUAUGCAGCUGAUUUAGCUAUCAAAUACAACGAAGAUAUUGACCAGGAAAUAAUUAACGAAAUCGAAUUUUUUAAAUAUCAAGUAAAAGCAAUUUUACCAGACUUAAACGCAACUGCUUUAAAUAUUUUAAACGCAAUUAAAAAAUUUGAACUUGAUUCAACUUGUCCAAACUUAAUUACUGCAUAUAGAUUGUUUCUUACCAUGCCUGUUACCGUCGCUUCCGGGGAACGCUCUUUUAGUAAAUUGAAACUAACUAAGACGUAUUUACGGUCAACCAUGUCGCAAAACAGAUUAACCAAUUCUGAAAUAUUAUCAAUUGAGCAUGAAAUAACAAAAAGCAUUGAUUUUGAAGACGUCAUUGAAGAUUUUGCUUCAAUAAAGUCCAGAAAAAUUAAGUUUUAA